UAAAUUGUUUAAAUUUCAUGCAAUAAGUGCGCUUUUCAUAUAAAAUACUAAUUAAAUUAUGUGCAUAACGCACAUACUUUAUAUGAAGUUAGAACAAAUUUUUUAGUUAUUUGGUUUUAUAUCGCGCUCUGCCAGCGUCGACGUUUGCGCUGAUAUACGCUUCCGUGUUCAAAUAAAAAAAAUAAUUCUUUAUGUGCAUAUUAAAAAUUAAAUCAAACAAACAGAUUUUUUUAGUAAUUGAAAUCUAAAAAUGGAUUAUUUGGAUAUAAUUAGAACUAAUCAACAGUUCGAAAAAUUUCUAAUAUACCUCAACGAAAAGUCAUACGUUUUUAUAACGUGUUCUUUAUUUGCAUUAUUUGUGAUUACUACUUUAAUAAUAUGCAAAUUAUGGGCUCACCGAAAGAAACAAGAGCUAUUAUUCUUACAGCAAAAAGCCGUCCACGAAAUGCAGGCAUACGACACAAAUUCAAGUGAUAUGCGUUUGCGUUUUCGCAAACGUGACAAAAUGCUUUUCUAUGGUCGUCGUAUGUUACGCAAAGUGAAAAAUGUUUCCGGACAAGUUUACGGUGGACAAGGACGUAAACGGAGAGCAGUAAUGCGUUUUGCUAAACGAAUUUUACAGCUACGACGUGAUCAGACUGAUCCACUUCAUUUGAAGACUGUUGAACCUCCAGUCGAAUAUUUGGAAGAAACAAUGGAAGGUAGUGAUCGAGUACCACCAGAUGCACUUUAUAUGCUACAGAGCAUACGUAUUUUUGGACACUUUGAAAAGCCUAUUUUUCUCAAACUGUGCAAACAUACCGAAGUUUUAACGCUUGAUCCGGGAGACUAUCUAUUCAAAAUAACCGAUGCAGAUGAUAGUGUUUUUAUAGUACAAUCUGGCUUGAUUCAUGUAUAUAUAUCAAAUGCUGACGGUAGCACACUAUCACUGAAAACGGUCAAAAAAGGUGAAUCUGUAACAUCAUUACUUAGUUUUAUAGAUGUACUUUCUGGUAAUCCCAGUUAUUAUAAAACUGUUACUGCGAAAGCAGAGGAGAAGUCUUACGUUAUUAGAUUACCUAUGCAGGCCUUCAAGGAAGUAUUUGAUGAAAAUCCUGAUAUUAUGAUACGCGUCAUACAAGCUAUUAUGAUACGACUGCAGCGCGUACUUUUUACUGCUCUACGGAGUUAUUUAGGUUUAAAUUCUGAAUUAAUGCAAAAUCAUAUGCGACACAAAAAGCAACAAUCUUUUUCCUAUGCAUCCAAAACGUCACCAUCCCAUCGUCGUUCGCAACCUGAAAAUAUACAACAUACCUUAUCAGAUAUGGGGCCUCCACCAGAUAUGAUAGCUGAUAUUUCAAAUGAAUUUCAGCAUUAUAGUGUAAAUACACAAGGUUCACAAUCACUAAAUAGUAAUAAGCCUAACAAAAAUUUUGCUCAAUCUCAUAUUGAGCCACAAGUUGGAGUAGCUACAAUUGAUUCCAAUUUGGUACAUGCCUCAGCUGUUGACAGUUUAUUGUGGGAAUUAGGUUUAAAAGACGAAGAUCGUCAUUUUUUAGACCCAUUUGUAGAAGAGCGUGAAGUUGAAGCUGGUGUUACACUGAUUACUGAAGGCAACUCUGAAGAUGUUUGUGUCUGGUUUGUUAUGACUGGUGGCUUAGCCGUUUAUCAAAGUGUUGCUGAUAAUAAACGUAAUAUUCAAACAGAUAAAACUGAAGCUUAUAUACAUAGUGUACAUCCUGGAGAAAUCAUGGGUGGUCUAGCAGUACUAACUGGUGAAGCAAGCCCUUACACAAUAAAAUCAAAAGUUUAUAGCAGAAUUGCUUUUAUAAGGAGACCAUCAAUUUACUUAAUUAUGCGUGAACGUCCCAAUAUUGUGCUUGAUUUGGGUAGCGGUGUUGUGCGCCGUCUUUCGCCAUUAGUUCGUCAAUGUGAUUAUGCUUUAGAUUGGACAUUUCUAGAAUCUGGUCGUGCUGUUUACCGACAGGAUGAGGUUAGCGACAGCACAUAUAUUGUACUAAGUGGACGCUUACGUUCUGUUGCAACGCAUACAAAUGGUAAAAAGGAAAUUGUAGGUGAAUAUGGUAAAGGUGAUCUUGUGGGCAUAAUCGAAAUGAUAACUGAAACCUGUCGCACAACAACUGUAAUGGCUGUACGAGAUUCUGAAUUAGCAAAAUUGCCUGAAGGACUAUUCAAUGCGAUAAAAUUACGAUAUCCAAUUGUGGUCACAAGACUUAUUAGUUUACUUAGUCACAGAAUCUUGGGUACAAUGCAAACAAGACAUGGCUCAAAUUCAGCAACGCUUGAAGCAAAUCCUGUAACACAUAAAUAUUCAACAGUUGCAUUGGUGCCAGUAAGUGAUGAUGUACCACUGACUGCAUUUACUUAUGAAUUAUUUCAUUCCCUUUGUGCUAUUGGUCCGACUCUACGUCUUACAUCAGAAGUUGUGCGUAAACAGUUAGGUUUAAAUAUAUUUGAAUCGAACAAUGAAUACCGUUUGACUUCAUGGUUGGCACAACAAGAAGAUGCAAAUAUAAUAACACUCUACCAGUGUGAUUCAUCAUUAAGUGCUUGGACGCAACGUUGCAUGCGUCAAGCUGAUGUGAUAUUAAUUGUUGGUCUUGGCGAUCGUACACCUGCAGUUGGUAAAUUUGAACGUGAAAUUGAUCGACUGGCUAUGCGUACACAAAAAGAAUUAAUACUACUUUACAAUGAAACCAAUUUAAAACCUAAUAACACUUUACAAUGGCUUAAUGUACGGCCAUGGGUAACCAAACAUCAUCAUGUACAAUGUCCUAAACGUAUGUUUACACGUAAAAGUCAAUAUCGCAUUAACGAUCUAUAUAGUCGUGUACUUAUGUCAGAACCUAAUAUGCAUUCUGAUUUUUCACGACUUGCACGCUGGUUAACAGGCAAUUCAAUCGGUUUAGUGCUUGGCGGCGGUGGUGCACGUGGUGCUGCACAUAUUGGCAUGUUGAAAGCUAUACAAGAAGCUGGUAUACCAAUAGAUAUGGUUGGUGGUGUUAGUAUUGGUGCUUUAAUGGGUGCAAUUUGGUGUUCAGAACGUAACAUUACAACAACAACACAAAAGGCAAGAGAGUGGUCAAAGAAAAUGACUAAGUGGUUUUUACAACUUUUGGAUCUCACAUAUCCAAUUACAUCAAUGUUUUCUGGUCGUGAAUUUAAUAAGACUAUACGUGAAACUCUUGGUGAAGUUAGUAUAGAAGACCUAUGGAUACCAUACUUCACAUUGACAACUGAUAUAACAGCCAGUUGUCAUCGUGUUCAUACCAAUGGCCAUUUGUGGCGUUAUGUUCGUGCGAGCAUGUCAAUAGCUGGUGUUUUUCCACCACUUUGUGACUAUACUGAUGGCCAUUUGUUAAUCGACGGUUGCUAUACAAACAAUGUACCAGCGGAUGUAAUGCAUAAUCUAGGUGCUGCUCACAUAAUAGCAAUAGAUGUAGGUUCCCAAGACGAAACCGAUCUAACUAAUUACGGGGAUGAUUUAUCGGGUUGGUGGUUGUUAUACAAAAAAUGGAAUCCUUUCACAACACCUGUUAAAGUACCUGAUUUACCUGAUAUUCAAUCACGUUUAGCAUAUGUAUCGUGUGUACGACAAUUGGAGGAAGUAAAAAGUUCGGAAUAUUGCGAAUAUAUACGCCCACCAAUCGAUAAAUAUAAGACAUUAGCUUUUGGCAGUUUCGACGAGAUACGUGAUGUUGGUUACGUGCAUGGGAAAAAUUAUUUUGAGAUUAUGGAAAAAGCCGGACGCUUAGGUCGUUUUAAUCAAUGGUUUAGCAAAGAACCACCUAAAAAGCACUAUCAUUCCUCGCUUAGUGAAUACUCAUUUAUUGAUUUAGCGCAAAUUGUUUGUAAAUUGCCAGAAACUUAUGUAGAUAGAAGCCAUCAGAAUCCAUAUAUGUUUAGUGAAGAUGAAGACUUCGAUGGUUAUAUAUCUGAGCCCUCAACAUACAAGAGAAGUUCACAUCAGUAUAAAAUGAAACGCACUGGCACUUCACUAUCAUUAUCAGAAAAUGAAAUGGAUUCAGAUAUUGAAGUGGAUUUGUCAUUACCACUUAAAACACUUCCACAUAAGUCACGUAGUACACCACCUACUCCAUCAGAAUCACGUUUAUCGGAAAUUGUCGAUAAUAUUGAUGGCGGCGAUGCUGAUCGAACUAUUCCAAGUAAAACUGAACUGACUCCUGACACCGAAAAAGACUUGCCAAUUUCAGCAUAAGAAACAUUAUUCUUUCUACAUUAUUGGACUAUUGUAUAAAAUAUAUUACAACAAUAAUUAUUGUUAAGUUUUGUUAGCCAAAAAACGUUUUUUAAAGAAAUUUUAA